AGCCCUCUGGGAGAGAGACCAGGCAGAUGUGUGUUUGCGAGAAGCCGUAAUCUCCUAUUAGGUGUGGAGAUUCCAUAUGUGCAAUUUAUAGAGGGGAUGGAUUCAAUACACCGUAAGGAAUAACCCACUGAUUGGGGCACAGAAAGGCGGGCUGCAGAACUAUAUACUCAAAAGACAAAACCUCUGGAUAGUAAAGUGCCCCUAACCAAUCAGGACUUUACUUUUCUCUCAUGCAAGCUCCUAUGUCUCUACCAGACGUUGCUCUGGAGGUUCUGAUUGGUCAGAAGGGGCCUGUAGCGAGUGAUUGGCCAAUGUAUUGUGUGAAACGAAGAGUUCCAGAUGUCCAGGAAGAGUGGAGGACAGACAGGCCUGUGUGUGUAGAGACGGGGCAAUGAGGAAGCCAAGUAGCGGCAGCAGUAAAGUUCAGACUACGACUUCUAAGCUCCUUUGGGGCUUUUUAUCUCCUUGUUGAGGUGCUCAGAUACCACUGGAUAAACUAGUGAGCACUGACUCUGUACCAAACACAGUUCCUAUUCCUGGGAGUUCACACGUGUCCAAAAAUGAGACUGUGUGUAUGAAACCUCCACAGCAGAAUAUAAACACGCUGUACAGCAGAGAAACACCUCCCUCUGCCUGGCUGAGUCUCAGGGCGUCAGCAGUAGGUGCUGAGUGUAUGUCCCCCUGGAUUUCAGGUGCCAGUGACAUUUGAGGACGUCGCUGUCUAUUUCACCCUUGAGGAGUGGGAGAAAUUGACAGACUGGCAGAAGGCGCUGUACUGGGAGGUGAUGAGGGAGAAUUAUGAUCAUCUGAUUUCACUAGGGUAUCCAGUUCCCAGACCCACUCUUGUGUUGCUGAACAAUCCGGAGGAAGAGCCAUCGCUCUGGGAGCAUCAGGAUCUGGAAGAAAUAGAAUUACCUGAAACAGCUGAUUUCAGGCUCCUAAUUAAGGAGGAUGAGGAGGAUAAGGAAAAUGCUGAGAACCUGGGACACGUCGAGACACCAUUCAGAGGCUCUGAAAAGGAAGAUAAUUUGCUUUUUUCUAUCCAGCGAGUAAACCGCACUGGUCAGGGCAGCCUUGCCGUGGGGAGGAGAAAAGCCCACCUGAAAGGAAACCACGUUGAAACCACAAAUCCACAGCAGCUCAGCCCAGAUGAGAAACCUCACCAAUGUAGCGAAUGUGGGAAAAGCUUCCAGAAGCGUGGGAAUCUGAAAUGCCACUUCCGGACGCACACCGGGGAGAGACCCUACCCCUGCCCGGAGUGUGGGAAGAGCUUUCGCCAAAAAGCACCAUCUGGUAACACAUCAGAGAACCCAUUCAGGGGUGGCACCGUAUAACUGCCCCCAGUGCGGGAGGAGCUUCAGCACGUCUGCCCGCUUUAAAACACACCAGAGCGCCCACCUGGGGGAGAGGGCAUUGCAUGGCAGAGAGGGUGGGGAAAGCUUCCAGACGCACGGGGUUCUUCACGUUCACCAGCGAACUCACGCUGGGGAGGAGCUGCACGUGCGUAAUGACUGUGGGAGAAGUUUCAGCUGUAAGCAAACCCUUAGGAUCCAGCAGAGAAUCCACGCUGGAGAGAAACCGUACAGAAGCCCUGGCUGCGGGAAAAACUUUUGCAUGCCCGUGCAUCUCAAACUGCACCAGCAGAUCCACGUGGGGGAGCGGCCCCAUACGUGCGACGAGUGUGGGAAAAACUUCCGGAAGAGCGAGCACCUGAAGCGGCACAAUCGGAUCCACACAGGGGAGCGACCCUUUGCGUGCCCGGCCUGCGAGAAAAGCUUCACCCAGAAGCAGCACCUGGUGAAGCACCAGAGAACCCACACGGGCGAGCGGCCCUACCUGUGCAGCGAGUGCGGGAAGAGCUUCCGGACACGCAAGGAUCUCCGCUUUCACCAGCAAAUCCACACGGGAAAGAGGCUCCACGUGUGCGAGGCUUGCGGGAAGAGCUUCAGCCACAGGCAAUCGCUCCUGAGGCACGCGAGAACUCACGCCGGGGGGAGCCCCUACACGUGUAACGACUGCGGAGAAGGCUUCGCGGUGCACAAGCAGCUCCGACGGCAUCGGCAAAGUCACGCUGCGCAGAAGCCCGCCGAGCACACCUGCAGCGAGUGUGGGAGGGGCUUCCGGAAGAGCGAGAACCUGAAGCGCCAUUUGCACACGCACACAGGAGAGCGCCCAUUCCUCUGCACCGAGUGCGGGAAAAGCUUCAUCCAGAAGCAGCACCUGGUGACGCACCAGAGAACCCACACGGGCGAGCGGCCCUACCUGUGCAGCGAAUGUGGGAAGAGCUUCAGCACCGCCGAGUGCCUGAAGAUCCACCGGAGAAUCCACACGGGCGAGCGGCCCUACCUGUGCAGCGAAUGCGGGAAGAGCUUCCGGACACACCGGGUGCUGAAAGUUCACCAGCAAACUCACACCGGGGAGAGUCUCUUCAUCUGCUGCGACUGUGGCAAGAGCUUUCGGCACAAGCAGACUCUGGUGACGCACGAGAGGACGCACGCUGGCGAGAAGCCCUAAGACUGCACCCUUUGUGGAGACGCCUCAAGCUCCUCAAGAUGCAUCAAGAGUCUGGCUCUACACCUGCAGCAAGUGCGGGAAGAGCUUCCAGAAGGGUGAGAACUUGA